AUGCGGCCCGUGAUUCCUGUCUAUGGAGCUUUAAGCCCGCGUCAAGUCAAUUUACUCGCUAUUGGAGGAGCGAUCAAUACUGGCCUCAUGAUUUGUGCAGGCCGUGCGCUUUCACACGCUGGGCCUGCUUCUAUACUUAUUUCGUACACAUUUGUUGGGUUCAUUGUCUAUCUGGUUCUGUGUGCUCUGGGUGAGGUCGCUUCUUGGUCCACAGAACCAUCAAUGGCCGAGAAUGCGUCUCGAUUCUGUGAUCCGGCGCUUGGGUUCACAUUAGGAUGGAUUUAUUGGCUGAAAUUCAUGGUUGUGAUCCCCAACCAAUUCGCAGCGGGAGAAUUGCUGAUAGCCUACUGGCAAGGUGAUGAGAAAGGAUAUUCGAUCUUUUGGAUCACGUUCUUUCUCGCGACAAUCAUCGUUGCGAACUCGAAAUGUAGCCAAUAUUUCGACAAAUACGAGCUUUGCCUCUCCUGCAUGAAGAUCAUUGUGAUGUUCGGCCUAGUCUGUCUCUGUGUCGUCCUGGCUUUCGGUGGCGGCCCUGAUCAUGAUAAGAAAGGCUUUCGUUACUGGAGCUAUCCAGGUGCGUUUGCGCAGCACUCGAACAAAGAAGCAACGGGCAUACUUCGCGCGGUCUUUCGAACAGUUCCUUCUGCUACAUUGGCCUAUCUCGGAAGUGAGCUCAUGGGCAUAACUAUAUUGCGCACGCAUAAUCCCAGGGAAGCUGCAGGGCAGGCCAUCGAGUCCAACUGCUACCGCAUCUUGGCCUUCAAUAUCGUCAAUGUGGCUCUAUUGGGGAUACUGGUUCCCUCUGGUACCCACGUCUUGGCCUUAGGUCAAUCCCCGGACAAGCCCCGGCCGGCAUCAGCUUUUGUGACGAUCGCACAGUAUACUGGCUGGUCAAAGUUGCCACAUAUUUUGAACGCCUUUCUACUGGUCUGUGUUAUUUCUGCCGCCAGCCAAGCCCUCUAUUUGGCGACAAGAACACUAUAUGAGCUUUCUGUAGAUCGACAUGCUCCUUCUUUCCUCUGUCGAACCAAUGAUCGGGGAGUUCCAAUAUAUGCCUUGGGUGUGUGCGCCCUCAUAGGAUGCACGGCAUAUCUGAAUGCCUUUAGCCGCUCUCAGAAACUCUUCAACAGCCAUGUCAACCUGGUUUCAAUGUUUAGCAUACUUACAUGGGCCUCCAUCCUGGUGGUUCAUAUCUCAUUCGUGCGAGUUCGAAAAGUACAGAUGAUCGCCGACGAGGAUCUGAUCUUCCGGGCUCCAUUUGGGGUGCUCGGCUCCUGGGUCGCCUUAGUGGCAUGUAUCUUUUUCUCCGUGAUUCGAGUAUUUGACCUUACAAGCCGUGAUGCUUACCCACGGGGGUUUGACUAUGUGGCUUUCAUCACAUCUUAUGUGGGAAUCCCACUAUAUGCUAUACUUGCCGUGGGAUACAAGCUUGCUUCCAGGAGCCACUCGGUGCAACCUGAGAGUGUUGACAUGAGAUCCCUCAAGGCUGAGCAAAGUUCGUUAAAAGCAGGUCGUACUCUUUCGACCCAGGGACGACCUGAUCAAGUCUAUCCAGACUCAGAAUCAGCCCGCAUGCGCCGAAGCAUAAUCUGGUGGGUGUUGUGA